GUGUGUCUCGCUGAGGAACUGGGGACUCCUGGGUCGGGUUCUGUUCCCGGCUCUGCCGCUGGCUCUUCCGGCUCCCUCCACUAAUGCUGGGCCCAAGUCUUCUUCGCACGGCGCUGGGAGAGGUUAAGGUCUGGCUGUGCUCGUAGUUAAACUGUUAUUAACAUCCGGACAGCUGCGCCUCUUGCUGAGAUCAUCGGCAGAGCUUGCUAGUGUGAAUCAGCCUUUAGAGGCUGAAAGAAGAAAACCUCACGUGAAGGUGGAGCACGUGGUGUUAUAGUUGUGUUGGUCCCAGGAUACGAGAGAGACGGUGGCUGUGAUAAAAUAUUUUAUGGGACUGAUUUCUGUUGGUGAGCAAGACCAGCUUCAAACGUCAGGUCUGGCAAGAAGAGCUCUAGGUCAAUGCUGCGCAUAAUGAAUAGUGAUUAUUAAACUGCCACGAAACAUCAGGGUAUGAGUUUUUCUGACUUAGUGUACCUAGAGUUGAAGAAAAUGAAACUGUCCAAAAAUCCUGAUGCUGACGAUGGGGAGACUACAGUAGAGUUUCUGCUAGCAAUGUUUUGUUUAAAUAGUUCUCCAUGUUGAACAGAGAAAUAACACUUUGAUUCGUGACAAUUUUGAAAGAACACGGGAGGAAAAUGAAAAUUUUCUCUGAGUCCCAUAAAACUGUUUUUGUUGUGGAUCACUGCCCGUAUAUGGCAGAAUCAUGUAGACAACAUGUUGAGUUUGACAUGUUAGUAAAGAAUCGGACCCAAGGAAUCAUACCCCUGGCACCCAUAUCAAAAUCACUGUGGACCUGCUCGGUGGAAUCAUCUAUGGAAUACUGUAGAAUAAUGUAUGAUAUUUUUCCUUUCAAAAAACUGGUGAAUUUCAUUGUAAGUGAUUCUGGGGCUCAUAUCUUAAAUUCCUGGACCCAAGAAGACCAAAACUUGCAGGAGUUAAUGGCAGCUCUAGCAGCUGUUGGACCACCUAAUCCUCGUGCGGACCCAGAAUGUUGCAGCAUACUGCACGGUUUGGUUGCAGCAGUAGAAACUCUCUGCAAAAUCACAGAAUACCAGCAUGAGGCCCGAACCAUGCUAAUGGAAAAUGCAGAACGUGUUGGAAACAGAGGAAGAAUAAUCUGCAUUACGAAUGCCAAAAGUGACAGCCAUGUUCGAAUGCUUGAAGACUGUGUCCAGGAAACUAUUCAUGAGCAUAACAAGCUUGCAGCUAAUUCAGAUCACCUCAUGCAGAUCCAGAAGUGUGAAUUGGUCUUAAUCCACACCUAUCCAGUUGGUGAAGAUAGCCUUGUUUCAGAUCGCCUUAAAAAAGAGCUUUCUCCAGUCUUAACCAGUGAAGUACAUAGUGUCCGUGCUGGACGGCAUCUGGCUACAAAACUGAAUGUUUUAGUACAGCAGCACUUCGAUCUGGCUUCAACCACAAUAACCAAUAUCCCUAUGAAGGAAGAACAACAUGCUAACACAUCUGCCAAUUAUGAUGUGGAGCUUCUUCAUCACAAAGAUGCACAUGUAGACUUUCUAAAAAGUGGUGAUAAUCAUAUAGGUGGCAAUAGCAGAGAAGGUACAUUUAAAGAAACUGUAACAUUAAAAUGGUGCACGCCACGAACAAACAGUGUUGAAUUGCAUUAUUGCACUGGAGCAUACAGAAUCUCACCUGUAGAUGUAAAUAGCCGACCUUCCUCCUGUCUGACAAACUUUCUUCUCAAUGGUCGUUCUGUUUUGUUGGAACAACCACGCAAGUCUGGUUCUAAAGUAAUUAGCCACAUGCUUAGUAGCCACGGAGGAGAGAUUUUCCUGCAUGUAUUGAGCAGUUCUCGAUCAAUUCUAGAAGAUCCCCCUUCAAUUAGUGAAGGAUGUGGUGGGAGAGUCACAGACUACAGGAUUACAGAUUUUGGUGAAUUUAUGAGGGAAAACAGAUUAACUCCUUUUCUAGACCCCAGAUAUAAGAUCGAUGGAAGUCUUGAGAUUCCUUUGGAACGAGCAAAAGAUCAGUUAGAGAAACAUACUCGUUACUGGCCUAUGAUUAUUUCGCAAACCACCAUCUUCAACAUGCAAGCUGUAGUGCCAUUAGCCAGUAUUAUUGUGAAAGAAGCUCUGACAGAUGAGGAUGUGCUGAAUUGUCAGAAAACAAUAUACAACUUGGUAGAUAUGGAGAGGAAAAAUGAUCCACUGCCAAUUUCAACAGUUGGUACCAGGGGAAAGGGUCCAAAAAGAGAUGAACAAUACCGGAUUAUGUGGAAUGAAUUGGAGACCCUUGUUAGAGCGCAUAUAAUUAACUCGGAUAAACACCAGCGAGUCUUGGAGUGUCUCCUGGCUUGCAGGAGCAAACCUCCUGAAGAAGAGGAGCGCAAGAAACGAGGGAGGAAGAGAGAAGAAAAAGAAGACAAGUCAGAGAAAUCAGGAAAAGAUUAUGAACUGGAAAAACCCUGGCAGGAAUCAGAGAGAUUAAAAGGUGUACUGGAUCGCGAAAAAGAGGAACUGGCAGAAGCUGAAGUUAUAAAAGAUUCUCCCGAUUCUCCCGAACCACCCAACAAAAAGCCUCUUAUUACAAUAGAUGAAAUACCUCCAGUGGAAAAAACAAAAGGGCCAAUGUCCUUGCUGUCUUUGUGGAGCAAUAGGAUUAAUACAGCCAAUUCCAGAAAACACCAAGAAUUUAUUGGUCGUCUGAACUCUGUCAACAAUAAAGCUGAGCUGUAUCAACAUCUUAAAGAGGAAAACGGAAUGGAAACAACAGAAAAUGGAAAAGCCAGCCGGCAAUGA